AUGGCGGCCAAUUCUCAACAGUUCGGCUAUAGGCUCAACCCUCCAUCAAAGCGUGCUAAUGGGGUAAAUAUCUCUUCCCUUGAACAACAAAUUGCAAGUCUGACUUCUCUUGUUUGUCAAAUGGCUGUAGGUAAAAUGCAAACGAUGAAGGUUUGCGGGAUAUGUUCAAUAGUAGGGCAUCCAACUGAUAUGUGCCCAACUCUUCAAGAGGAGCCCGUUGAGCAAGUAAAUGCGGUAGGUGGUUUUCCAGGGCAACCGCAAAGGAAAUAUGAUCCCUAUUCGAGCACGUAUAAUCCAGGAUGGAGGGAUCACCCCAAUCUCAGCUAUGGGAAUCCACAAAACCACCCAAGUUUCCCGCAAUAUCAUCCGACUUUCCAGCAAUAUCAGCCGCACCCCCCUAGACAACAGCCAACCCAAAAUUCCGAUUCAGAUAUGUUUUUAGAGGAUAUUGUCAAAUCUCUUGCCAUUAACACUUUGCAAUUUCAGCAGGAGACAAGGACCAGUAUCCAACGUUUGGACAAUCAGAUGGGCCAAAUGGCAAUGAUGAUUAGCCGGUUAGAGGCGCAAAGUUUGGGGAAAUUACCCUCUCAAACAGUUGUGAAUCCAAAAGAAAAUGUAAGUGCAAUCGUUUUGAGAAGUGGUAAACAGGUUGAGGCACCAGCAAGGGCAGCCCCCGCAUUGUCAAACCAAGAAAAGGAGAAAGACAUCACUCCCGAUGGUGAUGAAGUACCCAAGCGUAAGUUUCCUCCUCUUUCUGAUUAUAAACCGGUACCUCCUUUUCCUAAUGCUUUAGCAGGUUAUAGGAAAGAUGAGCAGUUCAAAGAUUUUUAUGAAACUUUCCGUAGAUGCGAGGCAAAUAUUCCCCUUUUUAAUGCUCUUAAACAAGUACCUCAUUAUGCUAAAUUCCUAAAAGAAUUAUGUACACAUAAAAGGAAACAAAAACUAAAAGGAUGCGAGAAGGUGAGAGUAAGGGAGAAUGUUUCUGCAGUCAUUAAAAAGCUCCCUACAAAGUGCAAGGAUCCAGGUACGUUCACUAUCCCCUGCAUGAUAGGUAACACUAGAAUUGAGAAGGCCAUGUUAGACUUAGGAGCUUCUAUUAAUGUCAUGCCAUAUUCUAUAUAUGCUUCUGUGAAACUUGGACCUUUGAAUAAGACUGGUAUAGUGAUUCAAUUGGCUGAUAGAUCGAAUGCUUAUCCUAAGGGUGUAGUUGAGGAUGUUCUUGUGAAAGUAAAUGAUUUGUUUUUUCCUGCGCAUUUUUAUGUGCUUGAUAUGGAUAAUGACGAACUCGAUGAUUCACUCAUUGGUGGAGCUGUUGAAAGUUUUAGAGUCAACGGCAAAGGUUCUAGCUGCCGAGUUGAAAGCAGCGGAGUGCCAGUCCAGGACAUUGAAGGCUAUGGAGCUAAUGAAGAAGCGAGAGGUAGAGGCGAAGUGAAAGGAGGAGCACAUCCGUGA